GAGAAGCGUUAUAAAGGAAUGACGACGGAUGGUUGAGCGCUCCACUUCAAUUCGACUUAGAAUAUUUAUUUUUACCCCUAAGGGGUAUAACCACAGGGAGCGUUAAGCAUACGGAUGGUGAACAUCAACGGUGAAGUCACCACCUCGGCCUCUUCGCAGCCGCUUAAACGGAGGAAGUGCCCUUCGAAGGGGGUAUUCUUCCACCACCACCACGGCAAGAGUUAAAAGAGCCAAAUUGGUAACAUCAUCGAGAAAGCCAAGUUAUCACAUUUGCCUCAACCCACGCAAUUAGGGAGAUUGCCCAGAAAAAAGGAGGUUAACCUAAAAGGAGGGGUAACAAAACAGUCCAUGUCACCCAGUACACAUUUGAAGCGGCUCACCUUUUGUGCAAAAAAAAGAGUAAAUUAUUGGUAUUAAGGGGACACCUAAUUGAACACUGCUUUGGAAGUGACCCACGAGUGAUAGCGUCCUUCUCUCGGUUAGAACAGAAUUUUGCCGACCCCCCUGUUGCGCCAAGGCGACAUGAUAGUGUAUCCGGGUGCCGCCCACCAGAAAUGAUAAAACCUUAAAUGGGCACACCGCUGCUGUACACACCGCCGCUGUACACGCCGCUAUACACGCCGCCGCGCCCCGAAUGAGAAGCAACCGGAACGGGAUGUACGCGUUUAACCCGGUGAAGGCGGAGCCCUUCGGAAAGGCGCCAGUGGGGUACAUCCCCGGGAAGGGGAGAGGAGUGACGGGGUUCUCAGGAGGUGUCAGUAGAGAUGAUACGACGGACGAAAAAGACAAAAACGACUACUCGGAUUUUAACUAUGACGAAUUCCAUGGGUACUCAGAAUCGCUUUUUAAAGAUGCAGAAUAUGAUGAGGAUGAUAAAGAGGCAGAUGCAAUUUAUGAAAACAUAGAUGCACGUAUGGAUGUGAGGAGAAAAAGUAGGAGGGAAAUAAAACUGAAGGAAGAAAUACAAAAAAUGAGAGCUCAAAAACCGACCAUACAAGAACAGUUUAGCGAUUUGAAAAAAGGAUUAGCAAGUGUAACUGCUGAGGAAUGGGAAUCCAUCCCAACUGUUAUGAAUUUCUCUAGACAGAAACAGAAGAAGGUCCCAAAGAAUUACCUUCCCACUCCGGAUAGUCUCAUCAUGAGCAGACUGAACGAUGCCAAUAUGCAUCUGAAUUAUGCCGGCGCAUCUUCCAAUGGGUUGAAAACACCCCUAGGGUUAAGAACUCCACUCAUUGGAAUGAGAGCCCCCUUGGGAACGCAAACUCCAUUGGGCACACAAACCCCCCUGGGAAUGCAAACUCCCCUGGGGAGGCAAACCCCACUGGGGAUACAAACCCCGUUAGGGUUACGAACCCCAUUAGGUGCGAGUACCCCCAUAGGGUUAGGGAUGCAGACUCCGUUCAUGAAAGGGGGGGGAUUUGGCCUAGAGACGCCCUUUCUGAGUAGGCACCUACUAACGGCGAAGGGGAGAAAUGCGUCUUCCUCUACGUAUAGCGGAAUGAACACGCCUUUUACCCUGUCCGGGUACAACACCCCCCUGAGUGCAUCCACCGUUGGGGGAUAUAACACCCCAAUGAUGAAUGCAUCAAACAAGCUUUCCCUUAACGAUGUUGGGGAGGCGAGAGGCACAGUAUUGUCGGUCAAGCUAGACGAACUGAUUGACAGUGUGGAAGGGCAGACGGUCAUAGACCCCAAGGGGUACCUUACGAAUUUAAAUGCGAAAAGUUUAGUAAAUGACGCUGAUAUAGCGGAUAUUAACAAAGCGAGGUCGCUACUCAAAUCGGUGAUCAGUACCAACCCGAAGCAUGGGCCCGGAUGGAUUGCAGCUGCUAGGGUGGAAGAAUUGGCACAGCGGAAAGACAAAGCUAAGGAGAUCAUCACCAAGGGAUGUAUAGAAUGUUCAAAAAAUGAAGAUGUCUGGUUGGAGGCAGUACGAUUGGAAGACAAGCUAAGUGAAGUUAAAAUCAUUUUAACGAAAGCGAUUAAGGAAAUACCCACGUCGGUUAAGCUCUGGUUGGAAGCCUACAGAAAGGAAAACCACAUCGACGAUAAGAGGAAGGUCCUCAGGAAAGCCAUCGAGUGUAUCCCCAAUUCGGUACGUCUUUGGAAGGAGGCCAUAUCAUUGGAGAGCGAAAAUAAUGCGUAUAUACUCCUGAAAAGAGCAGUGGAGUGCAUCCCACAGUGCAUCGAGAUGUGGAUUGCCUUGGCUAGGUUAUGCCCCUACAGUGAAGCCCAGAAGGUUCUAAACGAAGCGAGAAAAAAGAUCCCAACAAGUGCAGAAAUUUGGAUCAAUGCAUCUAAGUUAGAAGAGAAACAAGGCAAUAACAAUAUGGUAGAUAUUAUUAUUAAAAGGUGUAUAGAAAAUUUGUCCUCCAAAAAUGUGGUCUUCGAGAGAGACAAAUGGCUGAAAUUCGCAGAGGAGAGUGAGAAGUCCCAGUUUCCCCUUACAUGUGAGAGCAUCAUCAGGAACACCAUGAACAUAGGGGUGGAGACACUCAAUAAGAAGCGAAUAUACAAGCAGGACGCGGAAAACUGCAUUAAGAACAAAUCGAUUCACACCGCUAGAGCGAUUUAUAAUGAAGCGCUGAAGAUUUUUAAAACGAAGAAGUCUCUAUGGUUAGCCUUGGCCAACCUAGAACUAGCGUAUGGGAGCAAAGAAAGUGUAGAACAGGUGCUACAGAGGGCUGUAAAGAGCUGCCCCCACUCCAGUGUCCUCUGGUUAAUGUAUGCCAAGCAAAAGUGGCUAAACAACGAAAUUGACAAAGCGAGGGAGAUACUCGCAGAGUCAUUUAUGCACAAUCAAAACACAGAAGUGAUCUCCUUGGCGGCCAUCAAACUGGAGAGAGAAAACAACGAAUUUGAUAGGGCCAGAUUUUUACUAAAGAAAUCUAGGGUUCAAUGUAAUACCCCCAAAAUAUGGAUGCAGUCGAUUCAGCUGGAAAGGCUACUGAGGAAUUAUAAGGACGCCAAGGAGCUCGCACGAGAAGCGUUGAAAAUUCACAAACGGUUUGACAAACUGUACAUGAUUGCCGGGCAGAUAGAGCUCGAGAUGAUGCGUGCUGAGGUGGAUUCCCUCGGGGGGGGAGGACUCAUCCACGAGAACGGCGUUGACACGGCGAGCUGCGCGCCCACCAGUUUUAGCAGCAACCACAGCCGGAGUGGCAGCAACGCGAGGAGCGUUCAAGAGGGCGGCUCCCCGGAGGGGAAGCAGCAUCAGCCGCAGGCGAAGCAGCCGCAGGAGAAGCAGCCGCAGGAGAAGCAGCCGCAGGAGAAGCUGCCGCAGACGAAGCAACCGCAGCGAGAACCACCCCACGGUAGUAGCACUGCCAACCCGAGUGAUCACUACAGCAGCGCCCAGAAAAUAUACGACGAGGGGCUGAGGCACUGCCCCGCCUCCAUCAACCUCUGGCUGUGCGCCAUAGACCUCCAAAUCGAAAAAAAAAACUACACCUCAGCUAGGGCCCUAGUGGAGAAGGCCAAAAUAAAAAUCAAGAGCAUCCACGCCGCCAACAGUAACAGCCACGUUUUGAAGAACAAGGAAAUUAUUGAGAGCAACGAAUUUGCCUACGAAGAGGAGUUCAACAGGAACGGCGAUGAGGAUGCCAAGGGUGCGGCCAACGUGAAUAACUUAGCAGGUGCGAAGAACGACUUGGGUAAAAAUACCUCCAUCGGUGCCCCCAUCAAUGCCUCCAUCAGGGUCAUCGAAAAUUACGAUUUGCUGUGGAUCAAACUUAUAGAGAUAGAGUCGCACUGCAAUAGGAAUAACGUCAGUCCGGUCAUUUCGGAGGCCCUGAAGGAAUGCCCUUCCUCUGGCAUCCUGUGGUCCAAGGCUAUCGAAUUUGAAAAUAAGAAUCUGCAGAAUAGCAAAUCCGUUACCGCCUUUAACAACUGUGGGAACAACGCCUACGUCAUUUUAACCGUGGCGAAGCUGUUUUGGCAGCACUUCAAAACGCAGAAGGCCAGGAAGUGGUUUUACCGCGUGAUCAGCCUCAACCCGCACUUCGGCGACGGCUGGGCCACCUUCCUCGCCUUCGAGAUCGACCAGCAGAACGAGGUAAACCAGAAGGACAUCAUCAACAAGUGCACCAAGGCGGAGCCAAACAGAGGCUACAUGUGGAACAAAAUCACCAAACGGGUCGAAAACUGGAGGCUCAAGUACCCGCAGAAGCUCUACAAGUACAUCAAGGAGCUCUUCCCGGAAGUCUUGAAGAAAAAAAUUUCGGAGCAAAUAUGGCACAUCAUUAGCGACGAGAAUGUGGGCCUCCCCAUUUCGCCCUCCAACCCCGCGGUGGAAGUGGAAGAAGUGGAAGAAGCGGUGGAAGCGGUAGAAGCCGUAGAAGCGGUGGAAGCGGUAGAAGCCGUAGAAGCGGUGGAAGCGGGCGGCACAGAACAGACGGACGACAAAACGCACUCCGCCAAAAGGGGGAAAGCCAAGAGCGCAGAAAGAAAAACAAAUAAACGUAAAGGCACGAAUGAAGAGGGAGAAGAGCCUGAAAAGGCCGACCGAAGGAAGCGAAAAAAAUGA